AUGCGAUCACAAGAAGGGAUGGAACCGUCUGUCCCGGUUCUCGUUCAGGACAAGCUUCAGUCCCUUGCGCGAAAAAACUCCGAGGUCGGAUUGGGUAUUCAGGCCCACCUGGGCCUCGUUGAUGAUGUCGGUCAAGCUUCUAUCGAUAGGACUCGUCGAUCAACGCCCAGCGGGAUUCUGGGAGCUUGGAUCCUGGGAGCUUGGGUAUUGGGGAUCAGGGAUCAGAAUGACACGAAGCCGGAGUGGCUAAUGGACUGUUGGUGA